AUGAUUACGGAAACCCAAGAUACAUUUAGAAAUCAGCAUGAGGAUAACACCUCUGCUGAACAACAUGGUUUAAGGGACAUGACGCUGGUGGAUGAAAGCCCACGGGAAGUCCACAAGCUGACAUCCUUGUGUACACCAAAAGAUAAUAUACUUCUAGGCAGUUGGAAUGUAAGAACUAUGUAUGCCACAGGUAAAACUGCAGAAGUGGAGAGAGAAAUGGACAGAUACAAUAUAGAAAUAUUGGCCUUAAACGAAGUCAGAUGGCUAGACAGUGGAAAGCUUACACUUCGAAAUGGCAAAGUAUUAUUAUAUUCAGGCAGGAAUGAUGGAAUACAUCAGGCAGGAGUUGGAAUGAUGCUGUCAAGUCGAGCAAAAAAGGCACUGAUUGAAUGGAAGCCAAUCACUGAGAGGCUAAUGUAUGCCAGAUUCCACACAUCAACCAUUAAAAUAAGUAUCAUCACUGUAUAUGCACCGACCAACGAUGCUACAGAUGAAACAAAAGAAAGCUUCAUAGAACAGCUAGAUAGAGUCAUAGCAGGAACACCGAAACAUGACAUCCUAUUAGUAAUGGGAGAUUUUAAUGCAAAGGUUGGAAUGAACAAUGAAGGUCAUGAGAACAUCAUGGGAAGGCAUGGAAUAGGGAGAAGAAACGAAAAUUGA